AUGGUCGUCGAGAGCAAAAGGCGAGCUGCUCCGCCGCUGCCUGCGCCCACCGAAACUAAUUCGACCGUUCUUACCGCCGCUCCAAGCGAUGUUGGGACCGAUGUGUCGAAACUUGGUGACGAACAAUCCUCAUACUCGCUCCCAGAUGACGGCACUCCCGUAACCAUCAGGGCAGGGCAUCGGGCCAGCAAGUCGCAAACAUCGCUGCUCAUUGAAUACUUUGAAGGCGGCAAGGCGGCUGGUGCAUCCGGUGCUGACGAGCAGCGGAAACCGAGCGUCCGCGUCCGCCUAACACCCAGCAGCAAACACCGGUCAAAGGGCGGAUCAGACCGGGACCGCAUCAAAAUCACGCAGACCAAGUCGAGGAAGUCGAGCCCCACUCGCCGUGCUGCUACCACCAGUGAAGGCGUGUCAGCGCUUAGCGGCGACAUUGAGGACGCCAGCUCGUACGCCUCGGCCACGGAGGAGAGCACGGUCAGCCGGAACCCCAUUGAAAUCGAGAUCGACCGCGCUGGCAAUGCUCGCCGUCGUCGUCCAGCGAGUCCCUUGAUCCCGACGGCUGACAGCAAGGCCAGCUACCAUGCGUCAAACAUGAGUGAGAUUUCGCAGAUUCCCCCCGACAGCUUCCUCGAUGGAUCGGGACACACGUCAUUCGGAAUGUCCGAGGUCAAGAGCAGCAGGAGCAGGAGUCCGUCUCGCACGGGCGAUUACCUCCUUGGCGCUGCGGCUGGGUUGGGCGCCGCAGCCGCUGCAGACAAGCUCCGCAGCAAGAGCCGCGACGAUCGGGAGCGGGAGAGGAUGUUGGUAUCCAAGAACCGAGACAAGGAGAAGGACCGCAAGCAUAGGCCAAGCAAAAGCCGGACUAGCAGCCUGACCAAGGAAGAUAAGUAUGCACAGCGCUCUAGUUCGCCUCGUAGACGAUCCAAGGGGCAAGGCGAGCCUCUCGUUUCGGGGGCAGACUCUAGCGUCGUCUCCUCUGCCUUCGCCCCGAGCCAUCGGUCAGCGGAUCAACACUCCAUCCGGUCAAGCGCUUCCAAGGCAUCGUCAAUCAACAAUCCUAAACUGCUCGAGACAGUCGAGGAUGCCAUUCGCCGUCUCAUCCUCCCCGAACUCAACGCUCUGAAGAGGGAGCAGAGCAAGCACAAGAGCCGCCGUGAUUCCGUCACGUCCAGCACGACUACAGCCUCGAGAGACGAAUACGCUAGCGACAGGCGACGGUCCGGCGCCACCGACAAGAGCCAUGUCAACCCGCGGGACAGCAUGCGGAGCAAAGAGAGCCGGGACCGGGAAGCCCGCAACGACUUCGAUGACAGUAGCGCUCUCAGCACUGAGUCGAUGGAGGACGACCGCCAUGCUCUUGACGACACGCCCAUGCGCAGCACCGACCGUCUGAAAGCUGCUGCGGCCGCUGGCGCUGCGAUUGGCGCGGCCGCUGUUGCUGCCCAUGAAAUCCUCGAUUCGCCCUCAGACGGGAAGCAGCGCUCCCGGAGGCGGCGCAGGGCUGAGAUGCGGAGUCGCGGGUCUGACCAUGCGCUCGAGGACGAAGAGUCGGAACUGUCUGCGCCGGUUCCCCCGAUGCCGCUGAUGAGCGACGUGAACGCCUCGGACGUGACCAGGGCAUCCAUCUUGACUGCCGAGACAGACCGGCCUCAAUCCGCCAGCGAAGAGCUCACACCCGGCCGUGAAGUUUCUCAUAACCAGUUCUCUCGCUCCUCCACCCCCACGCCAACCAGGAACUCGGCCAAUCUACAAGCUCUGGGGGCCCAGCAUGCUAAUGUCUCUCACGGAGACUUGAAGGCCCUGCCCAACCAACGAACCGGGAAGUGGGACGAAUACAUCAUUGACGACAACGGCAAGAAAGUGCCAUCGCGUCUAUCCAAGAAGUACCAAGAGGAGGAGGAGGAGGACGAAGAGUAUGACGAUUCCGAACGCGGCCCAGCAUAUGCUCCUGAUAGCCCGUUCGACUACUACAGCACCCAGGACGUCCCGCCUCCGUUGAAGUACGUCCCAUACCAACCCGAGCGGCGGGGCCUGAGUCCGAUCCCCAGCGUUUCGGGUUACACGGAGGCGAGUGAGGCAAACCACGAAUCGCGGGCGGUUCAUCGUGCUGCCGACUCUAUUUCGUCGGCCGGAAGAUCCCCUCGGCAAGAUGGGUCAAUACACUCCAGGCCGAGUCGGGAGGUUAUGGAUGACAAUCGAAGCGCGAGAAGCUCAGCCAUUGACCAAGUUAACACCAUGAGCCCGGUGGGUAGCGAACUGGAGCGAGUCACUUCUGGCCAGGCCGUUCGCGCCGUGGGCCUGAAUCCCGACUUUGUCCACCCGGUCGGCAUUGAGUCGAACGUGGCAUCUCUGGUUGACGGGUCGAUGCUUGACGGUUCUGUCCUCACUACCUCCUCCAGCACCGCGGGGAACCAGAUGUACAACGGACGUGAGUCCAUGGCUACGCUUGAGGAGGAGCGCUCUCGCGACCCAGGCACUCCAUCCAAGCGGUCCCUGCAAAGUCAGCGUGACUACGACCAGGACCGGACACAGACUCCGGCAUCCGGGAGCCACAGGUCACGGGAGUUCGUCGAGUAUGAGCUCGACGACUACGGCAGGAAGGUGCCUCAGACUGCUUACCGGCAGUCGCCGACCGUCUCGGAGGCGGCCAUCACCAGCGCUGCGGUCGGCGCCGCUGCCGCCGUCCUCAGGGCCCAGAAUGCCAAAGGCCAGGAGGUCAUUCCGGAUGACGAGAUUGAGUUUCAAGGAGCUGGCGUUCAGCGCAACAAGUCGUUUAAAGAGCGGACCCAGAAUGGUCCGCGGCCCGGUAUCGACACGGUCAGUGCUGAGAAGCUGGUCUACCACGAGGAUCAGCCCAAGUUGGGUUUCAGCAGCAUGCCCGACCCGAACGACCCGAUGCCAGAGUUUGGCGAUUGGCACGACGAUGACUUACUGACGAACCCGUCCCUUCUCGAUGGCGAGAGAGGUCGCCACGGCGAACAACAGUGGGCUGGGGAUGCGACGCCGCGGCAACAUCCACAGCACCGGGAGGAUGAUAUCGAGUAUCAGCACCUGGACGGGGCUUAUUCUUCCCCGGACCUUCCCCAGCAAAGAAGUGGCCAUGACCUGAGCAUGGCCGGCGCAGCUGCGGGUAUGGCGGCGAUGCAGAAUCACAGCCGUCAGCCCAGCCAGGAACACGACGAAUGGUACCGCACGUCCGAGGACAAGAAGCGCGAUACGCUCGUCACCAACCCCUACGAGGGCUCCAGCCCUAUCGCCAACCUCCCCGGUAUUAACAACACUUUGCUCGGAGGCCCAGGCUUUGAGAAUCAAGGAUUCGGCGACCCCUAUGGCACUCGCAGCCCGCUUGGCCACAAGGUGGACGAGGGCUACAUCUCGCAGGGACCCAAUAAGACGCCUGAUCUUCAGCUUGCGAAAGGCAAAGGUAUUGAUGUCGCUCCGGGCGUGGGCGUGGAGGAUCCGUUCUACUCCACGCCCAAGCAUGUCCGCCACAUGAGUGGCAUGUCUCAGGGCAUGGGCUCCCCGAUGUACGAUGCCGCGACCGGGACUGGCAUUGAGAGGAUCGAAUCGAAGGAUAUUAUUGCGUUGAUGCAACACUUGAUGGUCCGCGACGCCCAGCGCAGCGCACGCGACACGGAGAUCCUGGUGACGCUCGUCCGAUCCGCGACGGAAAUGCGCAACAACUUUGAGGACCUCAAGAGGCUGCUCGCCGACACCGAGGAUGUCAUCAUCACAGAGGUCAAGGAGAAUACCGAGAAGACGGUCCAGCGCGCGAUCAAUGGUCCGCGCCCGUACCCUGGCAGCGCUACCCGCUCAAUCCAGGGCGGCUCGCAAGCGGGGACCAUCAACGGUGACGACAUCAAUGCCAAGAAAGGGAGCAUCUUUCGUCGCGCUCUGAAGGGGUUGAGCGCGAAGGGGGCGAACGACCUCGGCAGGAUCGAGGACAUGCUCAUGCAAUUGCUGAACGAAGUCGACGUUCUCAAGGCGCAAACCGCACCGGCCAACAUGCACGGAAGCCAGAGCAACCAGGGCGGGCCCUCGUAUGAUCACCUUCAGCCAGAGGUGCAGGAUGAGCAGGAUCAUGGUUACGAACCCGAAGGCAUGGCUGGCACCUCGACAGCGAGCCAUGCGUCACAGUCUGGCUAUCUGUCGAUUCAGUCUCGCGGAACGUCGGUCAAGCCCGGGUACGACCGCAAGGUCUCGGCGCACAGGAUAAGCACCGUGCCCGAGGACAAUGAGGAGGAGUACGACCAUGGGCGGAGAAACGACGAGCAGCACUUGAUGACGCCUGCUGGGCAGGAGCAACGCGCCAGCUCGGUCCCGCUGGCUACCCCCCCCGGCGCGCCCGCGCAAAUGCAGAGCAAUGAGAACACGCCCCGGACGGAGGAGAGCAAGAAGCACAAGUCCGGGCGGUCGAGCUGGUUCCGCAUUCCCAAGAUCUCGCGCUGGUCUGAGACAACAGCGUCGAGCGGUGUGCCUGAGUCCCGCCACAGCAAGCAAUCGAGCAAGGACGAGAACGCCCAGUUCCCCAACGGCGGGCCGUCCCGCUCGGGGUCUCUGGAUCAUGUUUACCAGGACAACUACCAGUUCGCUGCCCCGCCGCAAGGUUUCCAGAGCGACAAGCUCCACACCGGCUUCUCCGAGACGGAUCUGCCUCACGGCUACCAUCACGAGGAUCGCGGCGAGCAAAUGUAUGCAGGGCAGAUGUCGCCGUCGCAGGCCACCGACCCUAACUGGGUGAGCAUGAACAUGACGCCCGAAGAUCCCAAGUAUAAGGCGCACCGCGACUCGCUCAACCUGGUGCACCCGCAGCCGCGCCAGGGCCAGACGGAGCGUUUCAAGGCGGCGCUCGAGUCGCAGGCGUUGGGGUUCGACUCGCCCACGAGCCCCAGGUCGGCCGACUGGGCUGGCUCCGCUACCAGUCUGAACAGGUUCGGCGGCGGCCAGCAGCACCAGCACACCAACAGCUACGGCUCGGCCGCCGGCGACCAUCACCAAUACCAGCAACACUGGUCGUCGUCCUCCCCUGCCACUGCUACCAUAGCCAACAACAACAAUAACAACAUGACGGCUGGUACUACCGCUCCUCCUCCGCCGCGGCCGCCAAAGGAGGCCAUUGAUUACCAUCACCAUCACCAGCUGCCGUCCAGCCCGAGCCAGAGCCAUGGGGUAGGCGCGACGAUGACGCCGCCGCAAAACAAGCGGCUCAGCAAACUGCAGAAGCCGCAUCAUCAUCACGGGCACGGCGGCGGAAGCGGAAGCGGAAGUCCGAGCCCGCUGCCGCAUCACAGCGUCGAGAGCGGGUAUGGCACCAUGACGCACGGCGUGCCGACGGCGAGCUAUGUCAGUCACCAGGGACAUCUCAGUGUUGGUGGAGGUGGUGGGAAGGAUGGUGGUGGUGGUGGUGGGGUCGGGAGGAGGCCGAGUGGGCCGAGGCCUAUGACGCCUACGGGGAGUAGUAGUAUUAAGGGUGGGGAGGAUGGGAGGAGGAAGAGAGAUACCUUUGGCUCGAUGGCCUCGCAGGAUACGGAGACUUUUUAG